GAGUGCGUGUCAGUGGGUGAGCCACACUGUGUGUUCUCUUGUUUGUGGAGCAAAGAGGCGGGCCCUUCUUGAGGGGGGAAAAGGAGGAAUGCGCUGGAAGUUUUCCUGCACACGUUUGAGGAGCGUCUUUCCCCGUCCUUGUCCUGUCCUGUUCUGUCCCGCUUCUCACAGCAUGGACAUGUGGUCCACUCUGCUGCUCAUGUGCGCCGUCCACAUCUAUAUCUGUUCCGCGUAUGAAGGGUCAGGACAGCGCGCCUACGGAGAUGAUGAGGACUGGUAUUCUCAUGCAUUUCAAGGGACGGCAUGGUGCGCGCCAAUAAAGGUGAAACAUGGCGACGUGAGCUGCCGCACUCCCAGAGGAGAGCACUCCAAGAACGUCAUGGGAACGCGCUGUAAAAUCCGCUGCAAGCAAGGAUACGAGACGCCGAGCACGGAGGUGGUGUGCAUGGCCAGCAAACACUGGUCGUCCAACUACGCAUGUCGGGAGAUCCGCUGUCCCAAGAUGAGCAUGCCCGCUAAUGGCGGCUACAAGUGUUCAGACGGCUCCUACUACAACUCCCGCUGUGAGUUCUUCUGCUCGCCCGGAUUCACUCUGAAGGGCUCCAAGACGGCCACCUGCCAGCACAACAAGGCUUGGAGCGCCACGGUCCCCACCUGUGUCGAUAUCGAUCCUCCAAAAAUCAAGUGUCCUCAUGUGAAGGACAAGUGGGCAGAACCAGGCAAACUCACGGCCAGGGUGAGGUGGGAUACUCCCGAGGGCGUGGACACGGCCGAUGGCGUCCUUACAGACGUGAUCCUGAAAGGGAAACCUCCCAAGUCCGACUUCCCAGAGGGUCUCCACAAGAUGUCCUACACCGUGUUGGACCGCGCAGGGAACAAAGGGUCUUGCCGCUUCACUGUCAGAGUGAGAGUGCGACGCUGCAGUCCUCUCUCCCCUCCUGACAACGGAUACAUGAAGUGUGACAGCGACGAAGACAACUACGGCGCCACCUGCGACUUCACCUGCGCGGGCGGCGCCGAUCUACAGGGCAGCGCCGCCAGGGUGUGCCAGUACGGACUCACCUGGUCCGGAAGUGACACCACCUGUGCGCCCAUGAACAUUAACGUGGGGGUGCGCACGGCGGCCGCCCUGCUGGACCAGUUCUACGAGAAGCGACGACUGCUCAUUAUCUCUGCCCCGACGGCUGCCAAUCAUAAUUACCGCUUCCAGAUGACUAAUCUGCAGCACGCCCAGUGUGGACUGGACCUGCGUCACGUGACUGUCAUUGAGCUGGUCGGGACUUACCCGGCCCAGAUUGGCCGCAUUCGACACAGGCUUCUCCCCCCAGUGCUGUCAUUGCAGCUCAGGUUGUUGCUCCAGAUUCCUCAAAGGUCCUUCCAGAUGCUCGUGGUGGACAAGCAGGGCACGGACAAACAGCGCUACCCGUUCCCCAUCACGGCGGCCGAGCUGUUCACCACCAUCGACACCUUCCCCCUGCGCAAGGACGAGAUGGUCCUGCAGCAGGCGGCCGGACAGAGCUGUCAAUCAUAACGGGGCCCCCGUGGACCUGGCCCCUAGACUUGCAGCACGCACUUGUGCAGGAAGUCACACAGUCCACGAGGUGUGCGCGUGUGUGCGUGUGUGCGCGUGUGUGUGUGUAUCAAGUCACAUGUCACGACAAUCAUAUUGAUUCCUGUGUCUUGUCUACCUGUUUUUUACUUUUUUAACGAUUGUUUCUCAAAAGAAAAAAAGUUUUGUACAAAAACGUAUUGUUACUGUAUGGAGUGGAAAGAUGUGCUAUUUAUGUCCCACUUGAAUUCUAAUAAUAACAUGAAUCAUAAAUAUCAUAACAAUAACGUAUUCUCACACUCGCCAUCGCCAUGGGAGUCAUGCACGUGUGCAUGGUCUGGUCCAGGGUCAAACUGUGGCCAUCAUAAAACACUUUUUAACUGGGGAGCGCUCUCUUUAAAUAGAGGAUCUUUGACUGGUGUUUUUGCGGUUGGUCUUUAAAAACAGCAAAAUGCUCCUGUCGUAUAAAUUAUCCUUGACUGGAGGUUUUUUUUUUUUUUGUAGUACAGUACAUCCUCAAAAUCAGUGGUCCUGCCAUAGAGAGGAUCUUUGAAUAACCACAGAAAGCUCCUGUCAUUUAAAGGAUCUUUGACCAGCAUCUUUUUUGUAGCUCAAGCCAAGUGCUCCUGUUAUAUAGAAGAGCUAUGACUGGUGUUUUUAUUGGUGCCCUGUAAUAUAGAUGAUCUUUGACUAUUGUUUUUGCAAGGUCUUUAAAAACACCAGAGUGCUCCUGUUUAUAUAGAUGAUCUUUCACUCGUGUAUUUUUUUGUUUUUUUUUUUGCAGUACAUUAUUCAAAAACACACAUCACUCCUGCCAUAUAGAGGAUCUUUGACUGCUGUUUUUGUAGUAGGUCCUUCAAAGCAACUGAGCACUCCUUUCAUACAAAGGAGUUGGUCGGUCCUUAAAAACGGCACAAGCGCUGCUGUUAUAGAAGAUCUUUGACUGCCAAUUUCUUUUGGGGUUUUUUCGCAGUGCAACUUUUGAAAACAUCAGAGCACUCCUGUCAUACAGAGGAUCUUUGACUGCCGUUUUUGAAGUAGGUCUUUAAAAACAGCAGGCUACUCCUGUCAUAUAGAGGAUCUUUGACUAGUGUUUUGGAAGUAGGUCCUUAAAAAAAGCAAAGCACUGCUGUUAAAUAGAAGCUCCUCGACUGGCGAUUCCUUUUUUUUUCGCAGUGUAACCUUAAAAACAUCAGCGCACUCCUGUCACACAGAUGAUCUUUGACUACUGUUUUUGCAGUUCAGUAUGUCUUGAAAGGAAAACUGCACUUUUUUAAAAAAAUUUUGCCCAUCGUCCACAAUCCUUAUGAAACAAGAACACAAGAGGAAAUGAGUUAGCAUGAGCCCGCUAAAACUGCACAUCCUGGGAGCUAUUUUGACAAUAAAGCCCUAAAAAACCCCUCAAAAACGGCAACAGUGUUGCAUUUCCAUAAGUGAUCUGAAUAUUAACCAACUACAGCGAUGUUGUUAUUGUAGCAGCUAACAGGAAAAACUACAUUCAUCUGGCGGAGUAACACGACGCCUCGCUCGUCUCAGCGUCACUCACAACGCCUCCAGCCACUGCAACGGGACAGACGGAAGACUGGAUACUAAAAAAAGUGCAGUUUUCUUUUAUAAACAGCAGGGCUCUCCUGUUAUUUAGAGGAUCUUUGACUGUUUCUUUUUUUUUUUUUUGCAGUACAUCCUUCAAAAAAAAGUGAGCUCCUGUUAUAUAGAUGACCUUUGACUAGCGUUUUUGUAGUAGGUGCUUAACAAAAGCGAAGCACUCCUGCUAUAAACAUGAUCUUCAACUGGUGAUUUUUUUUUUGUAGUGCAACCUUAAAAACAUCAGAGUGCUCCUGUCAUGCCGAUGAUCUUUGACUUGUUUUUGCAGCAUGUCUUUAAAACAGCAGGUUGCUCGUAGAUGAUCUUUGACUUUAGUGUUUGUUUUGUUUUUUCCUUCAACAACACAGAGUACUCCUGUCACAUAAAAGAUCUUUGCCCAGCAAAAACAA